ACUGUUUAAUCAAAGAUGGCUUUUCGCAGAAACAGGUGUUAGCAGAGUGUCUUUGUUGUGUUUUUAAACAUGUCUAAAGUCCAAAUGCUGAGAUCGUUGGUGAAGCAGCGACUAACUGCGGCUGCUGAAGAGAUAUUUGGGCUGUUUGAAAGAACGAUAGCAGAGUACGAGGAGGAACUUUGUCGAUCAAAAGAGGAGAACGAGCGACAACGGAAACUACUGGACGCUGUUUUCAACCCUCAGCUUCGGUUACACAGAGCAGACGUCCAGCAGCUGUUGGUGGUUAAAGAAGAGGUUCCCCCUGAGCAGCAGGAGUGGAGCUCCAGUGUGGACCAGGAGGACCCAGAGCCUCCACACAUUAAAGAGGAAGAGGAGGAACUCUGGAUCAGUCAGGAGGGAGAGCAGCUUCAAGGGCUGGAGGAGGAUGAUAUCACCACGUUCUCAUUCACUAUUGUCCCUGUGGAGAGUGAAGAUGAUGAAGAGAAACCUCAGUCCUCACAGCUUCAUCAAAGACACACUGAACAGAUGGAAACAGAAGUUGAAAUUGAGGAUUGUGGAGGACCAGAACCAGCCAGGAACUCAGAUCCAGAUACACAUUUACAACCUGAGUCUGAUGACCAGACAGGAGAGUCUUCUGAAACUGAGACCGGUGACAGUGAUGAUGAUGAUUGGACAGAGACCAGAGAACCUCAGUCAGGUUUAAACCCCCUAAAAAAUUAUGAAGUCUCUGUCAGUGACUGGAGAUGUGGUGUUAGUGAGAAACCAUUUAUCUGCUUCGAAUGUGGGAGAAGAUUUGGUAAAGCUGCAAAUCUUCGGGCACACAUGAGCUCUCAUACAGGAGAGAAACCAUUCAGCUGCUCAGUCUGUAAAAAGACCUUUACACAGAGAGGUUAUUUAGAGAAACACAUGAGAAUCCACACAGGAGAGAAACCAUUCAGUUGCUCGGUCUGUAAGAAAGCUUUUACAGAGAGUGCACUUGUACGGAAACACAUGAGAGUCCACACAGGAGAGAAACCUUUCAGCUGCUCAGUUUGUAAUAAAUCUUUCACUGCAAAUGGAAAUUUACACUCACACAUGAGAAUUCAUACAGGAGAGAAACCUUUUAGCUGCUCAGUUUGUAAGAAAUCUUUUACACAGAAUGGACAUUUACAGAAACACAUGAGAACUCAUACAGUAGAGGAACCUGUCAGCUGCUCAGUUUGUGAGAAAUCCUUUACACAGAGUGGACAUUUACAGAAACACAUGAGAGUCCACAUGGGAGAGAAACCUUACAGCUGCACUGUUUGUCACCAAAGUUUCACUUGGCGUUACCAGCUCAAAAGCCAUCAGUGUGUGGGUUGUCAGUCCUCACAGCCUCAUCGAACUCAAACUGAGGAGAAUAAAGAGGCAGACACUCCAGUGAGCACCUCAGCUGAACAUAUGGAAACAGAAGCUGGUGGAGAGGACUGUGGAGGACCAGAACCAGCCAGGAACUCAGAUCCAGAUACACAUUUACAACCUGAGACUGAUGAUAAGACUGGAAAGUCUUCUGAAACUGGGACUGGUGACAGUGAUGGUGAGUGGACAGAGACCAGAGAACCUCAGUUAUGUUAAAAGUUACUGAAAAAUGUACAUGUACAUUGUAAAACAUUUAUGCCUCACCAAAAUAAUUAAGUUGCUCUGAGAGUGGUAAGAGAUCUGUCCGCUGUAGUCCGAAGGAAGUUAUGAGGAUUCAUAAAGAGAGAAACUAUUUAGUUGCUUAGUUUGUGUGACAAGAACCCCACUGAAGGUGAACUUUGUUUGUCACAUUAGAUUUAUCUCAGGAGAAAAACCUUUCAGCUGCUUGCAUUUUGCAAGAAACAUUUUACCUCUGAAUUUGGUUUAUUGUUUACUGAGAUGUCUGAAAAUGUAAUAAAAAUAUGUC